AUGGUCAAUAGUUUAUCUAGUUCUCCAAGUAGUACCGAUCUAGAUGAUGAAGAAGAUGAUUAUGAAGAAAGUGCGCCUUCAAGAGCAGGAGAAGGUUCAGAAGAUUUAAAAGCACAUCAAUCAGAACGAGAUUCGACUCUGGUGAUUGAUCCAGCUGAAAAAUGGAAUGAGGUCUAUAAUCCAAACUCGGAAGAGACUGCUAAAACUCCUACGAUGGCAAUGCCAAGUACGAUGCAACCUGAACAAGAUCUCACUCAUCAACGUCAAAAACGUGUAGCAAAUGACGCACAAUAUGGAGCCGAUCAUAAUCCUACAAAGAAAUGGCAAGCAGUCUUGACUCGAGUGAUAUGGAGUUUAGUCAUGGUAGUAGUCUUUGUAGGUCUAAUGGCCAUGGGACACGUCUAUCUCAUCGUCUUGGUCUUCAUCUGUCGAUUCUCAGUCUUUAGAGAAGUCACCAACUUAUUUCAAGUAGGAUAUAAAGCCUCAGCCAAAGAACACGCCACAAGCUAUCAUGUUGGCUAG